GUGGCGACGCCAACUCAGAGCAACGGGAGAAAAUGGCGGCGGCGGUGGCGGCGCCGGAAGAGCAGCCGCGCGAGCCCGCCGGGGCAGGGGCUGUUGCCUCCGCUUCUGCAAUGGGCUUCCCCUCCACACAGGGUCCAGCCGGCACGUCGGGAUCCAACCCGCUUUCGCGCAAGCUCCGCAAAGUGCUGGAGACGCGGUUGGAGGCGGACAAGGAAAUGUUAGAAGCUCUCAAGGCUCUUUCAGUGUUUUUUGUAGAAAACAGUUUGCGUACCAGAAGAAAUCUGCGUGGGGAUAUUGAACAUCGCAGCUUAGCCAUAAAUGAAGAAUUUGUCAGGAUUUUCAAACAAGUGAAGGAGGAGCUUGAAAGCAUUAAUGAAGAUGUGCAAAUUAUGAGUAACUGCUGCCAGGAAAUGACCAAUCACUUGAAGGCAGCCAAGGAACAAACCCAGGACUUAAUAGUCAAGACAACGAAGCUUCAAGCAGAGAGCCAGAGAUUAGAAUUGAAAGCACAAGUGGCAGAUGCGUUCAUAGCAGAGUUCCAGCUUUCUCCAGAAGAGAUGAGUAUCCUCCGAAGUGCAAGGGAUGGACCUGUUACAGAAAGUUUUUUCAAAGUGUUAGGAAGGGUGAAGCAAAUUCACAAUGAUGUGAAGAUCCUUCUGCGUACAAACCAGCAGAGAACAGGCCUAGAAAUUAUGGAACAGAUGGCUUUGCUCCAAGAGACAUCUUAUGAGCAGCUUUACCGAUGGGCUCAAGGUGAAUGCAGGACUUUAACACAAGAAUCAUGUGACAUUUCUCCAGUUUUGGCCCAAGCGAUGGAAGCCCUACAAGACAGACCUGUUCUUUAUAAAUAUACCCUUGAUGAGUUUGGAACAGCCAGACGAAGCGCCAUGGUCCGGGGCUUUAUAGAUGCUCUCACAAGAGGUGGUCCAGGAGGUACACCCCGGCCUAUCGAAAUGCAUUCCCAUGAUCCUUUGAGGUAUGUAGGAGAUAUAUUGGCCUGGCUACAUCAAGCUACUGCUUCUGAAAAAGAGCACCUGGAAGCCAUGUUAAAAUUUGUAACUGCGGAAGGUGUGGAAGAAACUAUGCAAGAAGUAGUUGGACACAUCACAGAAGGUGUUUGUCGACCUCUUAAGGUGAGAAUUGAACAGGUGAUUGUGGCUGAACCGGGAGCAGUCCUGCUAUAUAAAAUUUCUAACCUUCUCAAAUUCUACCACCACACCAUCAGUAAUAUUGUGAGAAACAGUUCAGCCAUGCUUUUAACAACGAUUGAAGAGAUGCACCUGUUGAGUAAGAAGAUAUUCUUCAACAGUUUGAGCCUACAUGCAAGCAAACUGAUGGAUAAGAUUGAGCUCCCCCCUGCUGAUCUGGGCCCAAGCUCUGCGCUGAACCAAACGCUGCUGCUGCUGCGUGAGAUUCUAGCGUCCCACGAUUCCUGCGUCGUCCCAGUGGAUACUCGACAAGCUGACUUUGUACAGGUGCUAUCCUGUGUCCUGGAUCCUCUGCUGCAGGUGUGCACCAUGUCUGCCAGUAACUUGGGGUCUGCGGACAUGGCGACCUUCAUGGUGAAUUCCCUUCAUAUGAUGAAGACGACUCUAGCUCUGUUUGAGUUCACCGACAAACGACUGGAGAUGUUACAGUGUCAGAUUGAAGCACAUUUGGAUACACUUAUAAAUGAACAAGCUGCCUUUGUUUUAACUAGAACAGGCUUAAGUUACAUCUACAAUGUUGUACAGCAACACAGACCAGAACAGGGUCCCUUGGCAAAUGUACCCAGUAUGGAUUCCACAUCACUAAAAGCUGCAAUGGUUCAGUUUGAUCGUUAUUUGUCUGCUCCUGAUAGUCUGUUAAUGCCACAAAUAAACUUUCUUCUCAGUGCUUCUGUUAAACAGCACAUCAUGAAACAGUCCACAGGGCUAGUCUGCAGAGCCUACACUGAAGUCUAUUCAGCUUUGAUGCAUCCAGACAAUGAAUAUAAGGAUCCUGAAACGAUAUUGCAGAGAUCUCCCCAUCAAGUUCAAGCGCUACUCUCCUAAGCUUGCCAGCCGCAAUAUCUGUCCUUUGGAUUCUCUCAGUGUUUUAAGGUGGGCAUGCAUUCCCGCCAGUGCAAAACAAUCGCGGAUGGGUUGAUUUGCUUCUCACUGGCAGCCCUGCUUGGAGCUGCACUCCGAGGUUGCAGCUGUUCACUUCUUCUGUAUGCCGAAAUCCUGCUGAUCACUGCAAGGUUUAAACUGCCUCGUUCUUUGCAGGAUUGUGGCUGUAUCGGUAGAUACAUGACAGAAAGAAGACCAUCAAAGCAUUUUUUUUAGAUUUAAAAUUAUUUUUGCGUUCUACAGAAACUGGGGGAUGGUUGUGAGAAGAUCCAAGUUAAUUUGGGUGAGAAAUAACCUAUGAUGAUUUUUUUUAAAUUGAAGGACUAAUGUAACGUGAUGAUAAUAUUCUCUACUUCUAUUGCUGAUAUUCCCAUCCCAACCUUACUGGGUUGUCCCUGACACCGUUGCUAAGAAGGUGCAAACCUUAUGAGCAAAGCAGGGUCUGAAUUCUGCUUAAGUGUUGUUGGGUUUUCCUGUUACCUGUUGACAGUGGGCCUGUUGAAUGUCCAGAACUGGUCGAAUCAUUUUUUUAGUAUGAGAACUACCGUAAAUAAAUAAAAAUGGCAACAAUUGUGAAA